UUGUGUACUUAUAAGUAGUGAAUGAAAAUAAAAUUGACAAAUACAUUAAAGUAGUUGGUGUGAACGAAUCUGUGCAUCUUCUACCGGUUUCCUUGGACACCAUGGCUCCUCACGCGGAAAGCGAAGCAAAGUUUGAGGAGGAGGCACCGCGGUUCGAGAAGCUGGUGGCGCCCUCUGCCGACUCGUACAAGAUCAGGCCUGACCCCAUCGAGUAUCCCAUCAUGUUGGCAUAUUUCCUCUUCGGCAUCUAUGCGAGCUAUCUCGCCUUGAUAUCCGCUAAAUUAACAACUAUACUUUUUUCACUUUUGAUGGUGAUUCCUGGUAUGAUAGGCGUGACAGCAGGCGUACACCGUCUUUGGUCACAUCGCUCCUACAAGGUCAAGCCUCAACUCGAAAUUUUGCUGACAAUGUUCUAUUUGUUGAGCAACCAGCGGUCCAUCAUCACGUGGGCCCGUAGACACCACCUGCACCACCAGUGCGCGGACACCGACGCCGACCCGCACAAUGCUCAGAGAGGCUUCUGGUUCUCACACUACGGGUGGACGAUGAUGGAACCUCAUCCAGAAGUGAACAAACGCAUAAAAUAUAUGGAUGUUUCAUACCUGUUUAACAAUCCAAUUGUUAAAUUUCAACACGAUUAUUUCGUUCCACUGGUGAUAUUAGUCACUUACGUCAUCCCAGUAUAUAUCCCAACCCUGUGGGGUGAAUCACUGUACGCGUCCUUUAUGGCGAACAUGUUGCGUAUGCAUAUAACUUUACACCUGUCAUGCUGUAUCAACAGCGUCACUCACUUGAUUGGAUACAAACCGAUCGACAUAACAGCUGUCGGCACGCAGACACGGUUAGCGGGAAUAAUGAUAGCAGGCGAGGGAUUCCACAACUACCAUCACGCCUUCCCCUACGACUACAGAGCAUCAGAAUUCGGAGACACCAAAUACAACCUCGGAGCAAUGUUCAUCGAACUCAUGGCUAAAAUCGGAUGGGCCUACGAUUUGAAAGUAACGUCGGAAGAAGUUGUCAAAAACAGAGUAUUGAAAAAAGGUGAUGGAACUGAUCAAUAUUACAUUCCUAAUAAUCCAAAGAAACAAAAAUUCUUUACUACACAAUUUUACAAAAAUAUAAUUACAGGCGAUACACACGAUGAUUAAAACAAUAAAAACAGACAAAACAUAUAGAAUGAUAUACGAGAAAAUUGUCCUAUAACCGUAUGCAAAGUUUUGGCUUUAAAUGAAUUUCUAUAUUUUUGUGGGAUGUAAUGUAACAUUAUUUACCCAGCACUGAGUCUCUUGUAAUGUUGGCGUGUGCGUGGUCUAAAUAAAUGUAUACGGGUGACACGGUGACAGUCAUCUACCAAAAAUCUUGGGAACCACUCAUGUCUGGCCUUUAGGUUUUGUCAUACUAUAACACUAUUUUUUAUGUUUUUAUGAUUGUUUUGCAAAAAAAAUAUGUAUAAUAAAGAAAAUAAAAUCAA